AUGGUCCUCGAGCGUGUGAAGCAGUUGGCACAGCAGGUGUCCAACACUGUUGCCCCCGCACACCCCUUCGAUCCCCUGUCCUCGCUGGAGAUUGAGGCGGCCGUGUCUAUCCUUCGCGCCAAACAUGGCAAACUAUACUACAACGCCGUGACGCUGCUGGAGCCUCCCAAGGCGGAGAUGUUGAAAUGGCUGGCCGACCCAGAGACCACUCCCAGACCUCGCCGGGUGGCCGAUAUCGUGGUCAUCACCACCGACGGCAAAGUGUUCGACGGCAAUGUCGAUCUGACCGAGGGCAAGGUCAUCAGCUGGAAGGAGACGCCGAACGUGCAACCGUUGAUCACGAUGGAAGAUCUGAACGCCGUCGAGGAAGUGAUGCGCAAAGACCCCAAGGUCAUCGAGCAAUGUGGCUUGGUCGGGAUUCCGGCCGAGGAGAUGCACAAGGUGUACUGCGAUCCCUGGACGAUUGGCUAUGACGAGAGAUUUGGAAACGGCGUCAGACUCCAGCAGGCGCUGAUGUACUACCGGCCUCAUGUGGACGACUCGCAAUACACGUUCCCGCUCGAUUUCUGCCCCAUUUACGACGCGAACAAGAGAGAAAUCAUCCACAUUGACGUGCCCAAGGUGCGACGGCCCCUCAGCAAAUUGCCGGCCAACAAUUACCACGUCCAAUCGAUCGAGGAGAUGGGCGGCUACCGAACGGACAUCAAGCCCAUCAACAUCACGCAGCCCGAAGGCGUCAGCUUCAAGAUCCAAAACCGCAUCCUCGAAUGGCAAAACUUCUCCGUGCACAUCGGCUUCAACUACCGCGAGGGCAUCGUGCUCAACAACAUUACAUAUUUCGACAAGAACGAGAACAAAACCCGACCGCUCUUCUACCGACUCUCUCUGGCCGAGAUGGUCGUCCCCUACGGCAACCCGGAACACCCGCAUCAGCGCAAACACGCCUUCGACCUGGGCGAGUACGGCGCCGGGUACAUGACCAACUCGCUCAGUCUGGGCUGUGACUGCAAGGGCAGCAUCCACUACAUGGACGCCGAGUUCGUCAACCGGGCGGGCGCCGCGCAGACGAUCAAGAACGCCAUCUGCAUCCACGAGGAAGACAACGGCAUCUUGUUCAAGCACACCGACUUCCGCGACGACUCGAUCAUCGUCACCCGUGCCCGCAAGCUGAUCAUCAGCCAGAUCUUCACCGCCGCCAACUACGAGUACUGCGUCUACUGGAUCUUCCACCAGGACGGCACCAUCCAGCUGGAGAUCAAGCUGACCGGCAUCCUCAACACCUACGCCAUGAAUCCCGGCGAGGACACCAAGGGCUGGGGCACUGAGGUCUACCCGGGCGUCAACGCCCACAACCACCAACAUCUCUUCUGUCUGCGCAUCGACCCGAACAUUGACGGACCGAAAAACACAAUCUUCCAGGUCGACGCCGCCCAGGGGCCCGGCGAAGUGGGCUCGGCCGAGAACUUCUACGGCAACGCCUUCUACGCGAAGAAGACCAAAUACACCAACCCGAUCGAGGCCAUGGCCGACUACGAAGGCUCGACGUCCCGCUCGUGGGACAUUGCCAACGAGAGCAAAAUCAACCCCUACUCCCACAAGCCCGUGGCUUACAAGCUGGUCAGCCGUGAAGUGCCGCCCUUACUGCCCAAGAAGGACUCGUUGGUGUGGAAGCGUGCUGGUUUUGCGCGCCAUGCUGUUCAUGUCACAAAAUACUCCGACGAACAACUCCACCCAGCAGGCCGCCACGUGCCCCAAACCUCCGGCGAACCCUCCAUGGGUCUCCCGCAAUGGAUCAACGCCAACCCACAAGCAAAGAUCGACAACGAAGACAUCGUGCUAUGGCACACCUUCGGCCUCACCCACUUCCCCGCCCCCGAAGACUACCCCAUCAUGCCCGCCGAGCCCAUGAGCCUGCUGCUGCGGCCGCGCCACUUCUUCCUGCGCAACCCGGCCCUCGACGUCCCGCCCAGCUAUGCCCGCACGCCCAGCCAGAUCGCUGCUGGCAAGAAUGGGUGCAAUUGCAAGGAUAAGGCGAGCGUGCAGGUUUAG